AUGCGUGAGACACGAGGUAGUGUCGACUUCCGCAGCAGCAGCGGCAGCAGCAGCUGCAGCAGCAGCUACAGCGCCAGAUCAGAGCAGCAGCAGCGGCAGCAGAAGCAGCAGCAGCAGCAGCAGCAGGGGCAGCACAAGCGCCAAGACGCGUUCUGCAGCAGCAGCAGCAGCAAUAACAGCAGCAGCAGCAGCAGCAGCAGAUAUUUGAAAGUCAGUAGGAAAAGCUGCAGAAAGGGCGGGGAGGUCAGCGCCGACGGGGGCUGCCUGCUGUCAAGUGAGUGCAGCAGCAGCAGCAGCAGCAGCAGCAGCAGCAGCAGCAGAUCAGUGGUUCCUGUUGUACAUGGAUAUCGUGCCAACAAUGACGCCGCUCUGAGUCGUUGCGGCUUGCUGCUUCAUCAGCAGCUGCAGCAGCAGCAGCAGCAGCAGCAGCAGCAGCAGCAGCUAAAUGCAGCACAAAGGCUGUGGAGCUCGCGCUUUCCCCAUUCUUACUUUGGUACUCAAUGCGAUGCAGCGCGUGCUGCAGCAGCAGCAGCUGCUGCUGCUGCUGCACGUUCUUCACUUGCAACCAAGCAGCAGCAUUCGCAGCAGCAUUCGCAGCAGCAGCAUUCGCAGCAGCAUUCGCAGCAGUAUUCGCAGCAGCAUUCGCAGCAGCAGCAUUCGCAGCAGCAGCAUUCGCAGCAGCAUUCGCAGCAGCAUUCGCAGCAGCAGCACGAGCUGCCUGAGGAGGGUCCCCUUAGUUCCCAAGAUUGCCCUUCCCCACUUCCGCAGCAGCAGCAGCAGCAGCAGCCGCAGCAGCAGCAGCAGCAGCGACAGCAGCAGCUGCAGCCGCAGCAGCAGCUUUAUCCCCUGGGGGCUGGUACACUAGGUGGUGCCACGGGAGGCAGCGGAAAGCAGCAUGACCGCCACCACAAUCACCAUGACAAUCAGCAGCAGCAGCAGCAGCAGCAGCAGCAGCAGCAGCAGCAGCAGCAGCAGGCUGGGCACUUGAGCUGGCGCGAAGUGUGGCAUGUCUUUGGAGUUGCUGCGCUGCCAAUGGUUGGCUUUGGGCUGAUGGACCAGCUGAUAAUGAUUCGCCUUGGAGACCUGCUGGACACGACGUUGGGGGUGCAGUUCGGGCUGGCGACGCUGACUGCUGCUGCAGUGGGGCAGCUGUGUAGUGACACCGCAGGAGUUCUCUUCGGCUCUUCCAUUGAGUCCCUCGCCAGCCGCCUCGGAGUCCCCGCCCCCCUCCUCAGCCCGGCCCAGCGCGCCUCCGCGGCCUUCGGGUCUGCUGCUGCUGCUGCUGCUGCUGCUGCUGCUGCUGCUGCUGCUGCUGGUGCUGGUGAUGGUGAUGGUGAUGGUGCUGCAGCAGCAGCUGCAGCAGAAGCUGAAGCAGAUGCUGAAGCAGAUGCUAAGGCAGAUGCUGCAGCAGAAGCUGCAGCAGCUGCUGCAGCAACUGCUGCAGCAACUGCUGCAGCAGGUGCUGCAGCAGUUGCUGCAGUAGAUGCUGCAGUAGAAGCUGCAGCACUGCAAGGGCAAGUGGCCAAGACGCUGGGUGCCGCUGCUGGGGUUUGCUGCGGCUGCCUUUUGGGAAUGCUGCAGCUGCUGGUGCUGGACUUGGACAAGGCCGAGAGGCUGAAGCACCAGCAGCAGCUCGACACAAUCUUCGAGACAGUCUUAAUCGACGGCCCCAAACUCUUCCACUGCGAGAGGGCUGCGUUGUUUGUGUACGACCCGAGCCGCGACGAAGUGUGGUCGAAGGCUGUCUUCGGAGAAGGCAAAGCGCUGCGCAUGCAGCUGCACCAAAGCCACUGCAUCAUCACUUGGGUCAUGGAAAACAAAGAAAUCCUCAACUGCAGCGAGGCUUCCCAG